AUGGGGGAUUUGGUUGCUGUGAAGGUACAAAGGCCUUAUGUACUUGAAACAGUAACUAUUGAUUUAUUCAUUAUAAGGAACUUAGGAUUGGCUCUUCGACGUUUUCCUCGGAUAUCUUAUGAUGUUGUUGGUUUGUUGCAGAGACUAAUGAAAUUGGAGGAGGAAGAAAAGAAUAGAGUAGAAACUAGCAAGAGAUUUCGACCCCCCUGUUUAUGGGAAAAAGAUUGCAAUAGAGAGCUCAAAGGUCUGGAUCUGCAAACUGGAAUAUUCACUCUAAGACAGAUAAAAGCUGCAACUAAAAACUUUGUUCUGUCAAACAAGCUUGGCGAAGGUGGUUUUGGUGUUGUUUACAAGGGUUCAUUAUCGGAUGGGUCAAUCAUUGCAGUGAAACAACUAUCAUCAAAGUCCAAACAAGGUGGGACAAUAACAGCCUAUCUCGUGCCCUUUUCGAUGUAGUACUUGUUAACUUGGGCAUGCCAACCAGUUCAAGAACAUCUGCAAUUUUUGCUCCACCCCAUAUUGCUGACACAAUCACAACAAAACACAACUUAGAGAUGGUCUGAUGGAGGAGAUUGUAAAACUUAAUACAAACUCAUGACAGUAGAAAUUGCAGCUUCUGACAAGAGCAAACUCAGUUUGUGCUUCAUGUUUAUCUUUAGGGGGGAACAACAAUGCAAGGGUGUUCUCAUCAAAAAGGUGGUUGGAAUUGGACCUAAAGUUGGUUGCUGAUAUAGGAAUAGUGGGUGCUCCAAAUGCAGGAAAAAACAUGUUUUUAAGUGUUAUUAGUGUUAGACAUAAUGCUUAAGUAACUUGUUUGACACGUGAUAUAUUUUUGAAAUGAAUUAUCGUUCUUAUGAUAAUUUCAAUCUGUUGUUAAAAAAAUA